AUGCGUGUACAUAUACAUGAUGUUAUGCAUGAGUGGUUUCGCCAGGUAGCUCUGAGGUAUACAACCCGCGAAAGGAUUACUUGACAACUGAGUUAGUCUUGUAAUGGAGAACGUGCUUCACCGACUGCGACACGAGCAGCAAGUUGUGUAAAAUCUGAAUGUCAGUGGAUCAAAAUUCCGUGUCUGUUGGCUCCUCAACAACUGGUGGAAACUGUAUGUUGGCGGGACUUUGAUUUUCAAAUUUGAGUUUCCUGUUUCUGUGUGAAUUUGCUGUCAUAUUUGAAGUUGUGGAUCUGUACUCUUGAGUUGUACAUACAGAUGAAGACAUGACAUGGAUGGAUAUUGCACAGUGAAUAACUUCGUCAGAUAUGUGUUGAGUUUAUGACAAGUUGCUCGCAUCGAUUUCCUUUUGGACCUAUUUGAUAGAUAAAAGCUUCACAGAUGGACAACUGACGGGUUCUGCUUGCUGUGGGCAGAUCAAUAAGCCUGAAUGACGGACCCAAGCCAGGAGUCAGACUUGAUGCCUCCCAGGAACCCCUCUGCUGCAUCGGCAUCCAUCAAUACAGAUGGGGAGAGUGACAGGAACCAUUCAUCGGCGCUGACCUCACCUCCCUACCAAUCCACAAUGGACCCUUCCACAAUGGAAAAUGUAAAGGAUCACAAUGAAAACAAGGAGGGCUUGUCUUAUGAGACAAAACAGGAGUUGACCUCAACCCAUGAUGGAUCAAUGGAUUCUUCCAUUUUGCAAGAUGGAAAUGGCCAUUUUGAAAAAAAGGGCUUGACCUUCAAUGAGUUGGAGCAUGAUGGUCUGGAGUUGGCUUCAACCCUUGAUGGGACACUGGAUUCUUCCAUUGUGCAAGAUGGAAGAGACCAUUAUGAGAAUAAGGGGGUCCAGGAGUUGUCUCGAGGGAACAAGGAGUACCUGAUGCUGGUUCAUACGGAGAAUGGAGAUGACCAAGAAGAUGUGUUGGAUGUUGACGGCAAGUUUCAUGAUUCGUUGGAUAUAGAAGGCCGUGAGUUUGGAUAUCGGACAAGUGGACCUGUAAGUGAUUUAAAGAACAGGGAAUCCAGUUCGGAUGAGCCUGGAAAAGAUGCCAAAAUAACAGCUGAUAACCAAAAAACAAAAGAUGUGAAAGAGCGACGAUGAUGUGUUUGCGUCUGUAGAUAAUAAAGUUGAUGUUAAAAACGAUGUUAAAAAUGAUGUUAACAGUGACGUUGGAAAUGAUGUAAAUAAUGGUGUCAAGGUGAAUGAUAGGAGAACAGGUGUUGCCUAUUCCCCAGAACAAAUCAGAAACGUUCAUUUAGAAACUACGCAAUCAGGCUCUUCCCAGGAUGCUUUGGAACAAAGGGAGGUAAUUCAGGUUGCUAGAACUGAAUCUGUUUCAAGCUACCAGUCAAACUCUACAGACAAUCUACGGAAUCUCGGGUAUCGAGAUAGCGUCAGCUCGGAAUUUACUUCCCCAGAUACUUUGGAAUAUGAUCCUCGGAACUAUCACAAAGUGAGUCCGCUCCGGAAUGGAAUCUCCUCCGUCAGCGAGGAAGAGCAUCUCCAC